AUGGCAGACUUCAAUGCCAGUAGUACCCCUUCCUCCACAUUCUACCUUACUGGCAUUCCUGGUUAUGAGGCAGUACACCAUUGGAUCUCUAUCCCCUUCUGCAUACUCUACUUUAUUGGAAUAGUGGGUAACUGCACCAUUCUUCAUGUUAUCCGGACUGACUCAAGCCUCCAUGAACCCAUGUACUAUUUCUUGGCCAUGUUGUCCUUUGCAGACAUGGGCAUGUCCCUUCCCACCCUUAUAUCUGUCCUCCAAGUGUUGUGGUCCAUAUCCAGGGAAAUUGAAUUCAACACCUGUGUGAUACAGAUGUUUUUCAUCCAUUCCUUCUCUUUCACAGAAUCAGGAGUGCUCCUAGCAAUGGCCUUUGAUCGCUUUGUAGCUAUCUGCCAUCCAUUAAGGUAUGCCACCAUCCUCACCCCACAGCGUAUUGCCAGAAUUGGAAUAUUCGCCAUUCUUAGGAGCUCCCUCCCAGUCAUUCCACUGAUGAUCCGCCUGACAUACUUCCCAUUCUGUCAUUCUCGUGUCCUCUCUCAUUCUUACUGCCUGCACCAGGAUAUAAUACGGCUGGUUUGUGCAGAUACCAAAUUCAAUUUUAUCUAUGGGUUGGUUCUGGUCACUCUAUUCUGGGGAUGUGAUUCAGUGGGCAUCUUGGUGUCUUACAUCUUCAUCCUUCACUCUGUGUUGAACAUUGCAUCUUGGGAGGAGAGGCUCAAGGCCCUGAACACAUGUGCCUCCCACAUCUGUGCUGUCCUCAUCCUUUAUGUGCCUAUGAUUGGCCUUUCCAUCAUCCACCGUUUCGCCAAGCAUUCCUCUCCCCUUGUGCAUGUCCUCAUGGCUCACAUCUACCUCUUAGUGCCCCCUGUUCUCAAUCCCAUCAUCUACAGUGUGAAAAAUAAGAAAAUUCGUAGAGGGAUCAUCCAUCUCAUCACCCCCAAGAGAAUGCACUCCACCCUGAGGUAG